AUGGAAGAUUUUAAUGAUGAUGACAUCCGCAUUUUUGUGGGAAAAUUUUAAGAAGAAAACUAGAAUUCAAUUCUAGAUGUGAUAAUGAACCAAAAAGAAUCUUCAGGAUAAAACUGUAAUGAUAUAAUAGAAAAAAUUUAGAGAUAAUUUUUUUACAGUAGGCAAUAAGAACUAAAGAAGACUUAAAUAAACAAAUUAUACCAAUAUUGAGUAAAAAUUUAACAACAUAAAAGAUUAUCUUUAGAAUAGAAAUCUAUAAUAUGGAGAUUUAGAAAAAUAGCAUUAAUAACUCAUAAUAAAUUUAGAAUAAUAGAAGUAGGAUAUUCUCCAAUUAUAAGUAAAUUAACAGAAUCUAUAUUAGGAAUAAAUAUUAGAAAAAAAUGAAAAAAAUGGUGAACUUAUUGAUUAGAUCUCUCAAUUAGAAGAAGACAUUGAAAAAAUGAAAAUUAAUUAUAAAUAUUUGGAUUCCUAGCAACAGAAUAAAUUAUUAUAAAAUUAAGUAAUUACCUAUUUAGAAUUAGCAAAUUCAAGGAGAAGGUCAAUGGUUUUAGCAUACUUAACUUAUAACAAUUUAAUAAUAAUUGUAAGAUAAGGAUGAAUUAUUGAAAAAAACUGAGAAGGACCUUGAAGAAAUGGAAAAAUCUAAAAAAAAGUUAGAUUAGUAAAAUAGGGACUUGCAAAAUUAACUAGACCUUAUGAAUUAAAGAAAUAAAAGUAAAUAUUUAAGAUAUUAAAUUUAGAUUUAAUGAAAGAAUUGGAAAAAUAUAAACCAGAAGCAACUGAGAAUUAAAAAAAAUAAACAAUGACUAGAAAUAAAACUCUUGGAACAUUUAAUACUAGAGAGAUUAUAUAAAAAUAGAGAUUGUAAAAUGAUAUAAUAAGUUAAAAAAAACUGGAGCAAAUUAAAACUUAAGAUUUAGAUAAUGCAAAUAAUUCAGAUAAUUAAGAAGAAAUUGAAACAAAAUCUAAAACAACUUUAAAAUAGGAUAGUGAAUCAGCAUAAGCUUCAAUUAUUAAUUCUUAGAUAAUUAAGGAAAAAGAAUAAAAAAUAGUCUUAUUAGAAAAAACUAAAAUUGAAUUGGAAUAGAAAAUAACUGAAUUGGAAUGUGAAAUCAAUGGAAUGAAAUCAAAGGAUAAAAAGAUUUAAUUCUAAAUAUCAAAACUAGAAAAAGCUGUUGCUUUAGAAAAAGAAAGUAUAAAUGUGAUUUAUUACAAGAUAAUAAAAAAUUAUAAGAAGAAAAAGCAACUAUUGAAUAAGAAUUAAGAGCUGAAAUCGAAAAAAAACUAAAAGAAAACAUCGGAUUAGUAAAAUUUAUAAUUAUUCAUAGAAAAGGAUGUCAGUAAAAAUAAAUUAAAAUGAUAUUGGAUCUGGAUUUAUCAAUCUCGAUGAUUAAAAUUUAAGAGAAAAAAAUAAUUAAUUAAUAAGAGGUAAUUCCAAGCAAUUAUAUAGAUAAAUUUAGAUUUACAAACUAUUAGACAAUAAAAUGAAAUUAUGAAUGACAAAUAUGAAAAAUAAAUAAAUUAAUUAAGAACUUAAAUUGAAUUAUAUGCAAAGACUAAUUUAGAUCGAGAAAAUUAAGUGCUAGAGUUAUAAAAAAGUUUGUCACUAGCUCUUGAGGAAAAGGAAAAUUAGAAAAAACAAAUUGAAAAAUUGGCUGAUAGCAAAAAUUUGGAUGGAGAAUCAACUUUAAAAGAAUGUAAAAUUAAGUUAAGAAAAUACGAAAGCUUGUUGUAAAAAGCUAAAGCAGAAAUAGAAAUAAAAGACCUUUAAAUACAUGAAUAGCAAUCUCAUUAACUAAUAGAAAUCAUCAACAUUAUUGAAACCUAUAACAAAGAAAACCUUCAGAUUACUUAAUAAUUAUAAUAGUAAAUCUAGUUAGUUGAAGAAUUAAAAAUUUUAAAGACAAAUAAAAAUGAUAAUCAUGAUUUAGAAAAAUAUAAAUAAUUAGAGGAAUAAAUCGAUAAAUAAAAAUAAAUGAUAUAAAAAUAAAAAAGAUAAAUAGAAUAACUUUCAAAAUCGAAGUAAGAAUUUUAUGUAAUUAGUAAUUCAAAAGUUGAAUCUGAAUAGCUUAUCCAAAAAUAAACUAUAAGUUAGUCUUAAUAGCAAGUCGAAUCAAUUAAAAAGAGUGAAAAUAUUGAAUUAGAAAAUACUACUGAAAGCCUAAAAAGCUAAAUUUAAGAAUUAAAGGUAUAGCUUUAUUAAGAAAUUGCAAAAAAUUCUAUAACACAAAGAGAAUAGGAUGAAAAUUAAAAAUUAAGUAGUGAGAUAAUUAUAUUAUAAAAUUAAAAAAGUUAAUUUGAGGAUGAAAUAAAAAUUUAAAAAAAAGAAAUUGAAACUAUGUCAAUUAAUUACAGAAAUGAGUAAUAGGAAUUAUAAGAAUUAAAGUAACUUUAAGAAUAAUUUUUGAAUAAAUAAAAGCUUUAAGAAUCAUCUUUAUUAGAAGAAUUAGAAAAAUUAAAGUAUUAAAACUAUUAAGAAUAAAUGUAAUCAAAAAAAACAUAAAAUGACUUAUUAGAAAUAGAAACAGUUUUAAAAAAAGAAGUAGAACAAUUAUACUAAAGAAAUCUAAAGUUAGAAUAAGAAAAAAUUAGUUAAGAAAUUGAAUUUAAAUAAAAAAAUGACUAAAUGAAUGAAGAAAUUUAAAAUUUAAUAAAUUAAAAGUAAUUAAUGGAAUUAUAAUAUUUAAAACAAAUAGAAGAAUCAUAAAAAAAAGAAAAUUAAUUUUUAUAAAAAAAUGAAGAGAAUCAAAAAAUAAAUAAAUAGUUAUAAAUAUAACUUUUGGUUAUAGAAUAAAAAUUUAAGGAUGAAGAAGCAUUGAAAUUAUAAGAAAUUUAGAUUUUGAGUAGUCAAUAUUAAUAAAUAUAGGAAUUAAAUAAAAAUUAAGAACAAUAGUUUAAAGAUAAAGAAAAAAUAUUAUAUGAAUAGAUUAAUAAUUUAUAAUCAAAAAACUCAGAAUGUUUUGAAUUGAAUAAAAACCUAUAAAAUUAGCUAAAAAUAAAUGAAAAAAUAUUUGAAUAAGAAAAUGCAAAUAUAAAAUGUUAAAUAGAAUAGUUAAAAUUAUAAUAUAUUGAUCAAGAAGAACUAUUUAAAGAAAAAGAAAAACAAAGCUUGAUUUAAUGUGAAAAUUUGUAAUCAUAAUUAGAAACUUAGAAAUCUUAACAUGAAUAAUUAUAAUAAAAAUUUAAAUUUUGUGAAUAUUAAUCUCAAAAUGUAGAAUAAGCUUAUUAGGAAUAAAUUAGAAAUUUACAAACACAAUUUGAACAAUAAUAAUAAUUAGGUAACAUAAAAGAAUAGUAAUCCCAAAAACAAGAAUUAGAAGGUUAAUAAGAGAUUAAAAAUUUGACAUCAAAAUUAGAAGAAUUAUAAUAAUCAAGUUACGUAAAAGAAUAGUAAUCACAAAAAAAAGAAUUAGAAAUUUAUUAAGAGAUUUAAAAUUUGAAAUCAAAAUUAGAAGAAUAAUAAUAAUCAAGUAACAUGAAAGAAUAGUAAUCACACAAAAAAGAAUAAGAAUUUUAGGAAUAAAUUAGAAAUUUACAAUAACAACUUGAACAAUUAUAAUAAUCAAGUAACAUGAAAGAAUAGUAAUCUUAAAAAUAAGAAUUAGAAAGUUAAUAAGAGAUUUAAUCUUUGAAAUCAAAAUUAGAAGAAUUUUAAUAAUCAAGUAACAUGAAAGAAUAGUAAUCACAAAAAAAAGAAUAAGAAUAUUAGGAAAAAAUUGAAAAUUUACAAUCACAACUUGAACAAUUGUAAUAAUCAAGUAAUAUGAAAGAAUAGUAAUCUUAAAAAUAAGAAUUAGAAAGUUAAUAAGAGAUUUAAUCUUUGAAAUCAAAAUUAGAAGAAUUAUAAUAAUCAAGUAACAUGAAAGAAUAGUAAUCACACAAAAAAGAAUAAGAAUUUUAGGAAUAAAUUAAAAAUUUACAAUCACAACUUGAACAAUUAUAAUAAUCAAGUAACAUGAAAGAAUAGUAAUCUCAAAAAUAAGAAUAUGAAAGUUAAUAAGAGAUUUAAAAUUUGAAAACAAAAUUAGAUGAAUAAUAAUAAUCAAGUAAUAUGAAGGAAUAGUAAUCACAAAAAAAAGAAUAAGAAUUUUAGGAAAAAAUUGAAAAUUUACAAUCACAAUUAGUAGAAUUAUAAUAAUCAAGUAACAUGAAAGAAUAGUAAUCACAAAAAAAAGAAUAAGAAUUUUAGGAAUAAAUUAGAAAUUUACAAUAACAAAUUGAACAAUUAUAAUAAUCAAGUAACAUGAAAGAAUAGUAAUUACAAAAAAAAGAAUUAGAAAUUUAUUAAGAGAUUUAAAAUUUGAAAUCAAAAUUAGAAGAAUAAUAAUAAUCAAGUAAUAUGAAAGAAUAGUAAUCACACAAAAAAGAAUAAGAAUUGUAGGAAUAAAUUAACAAUUUACAAUCACAACUUGAACAAUUAUAAUAAUCAAGUAACAUGAAAGAAUAGUAAUCUCAAAAAUAAGAAUAUGAAAGUUAAUAAGAGAUUUAAAAUUUGAAAACAAAAUUAGAAGAAUUAUAAUAAUCAAGUUAAGUAAAAGAAUAGUAAUCACAAAAAAAAUUUAAAAAUUUUAAAUCAAAAUUAGAAGAAUUAUAAUAAUCAAGUUACGUAAAAGAAUAGUAAUCACAAAAAAAAGAAUAAGAAUUUUAGGAAAAAAUUGAAAAUUUACAAUCACAACUUGAACAAAUGUAAUAAUCAAGUAAUAUGAAAGAAUAGUAAUCUUAAAAAUAAGAAUUAGAAAGUUAAUAAGAGAUUUAAAAUUUGAAGUCAAAAUUAGAAGAAUUAUAAUAAUCAAGUAAUAUGAAAGAAUUGUAAUCACAAAAAAACGAAUAUGAAAGUUAAUAAGAGAUUUAAAGUUUGAAAUCAAAAUUAGAAGAAUAAUAAUAAUCAAGUUACGUAAAAGAAUAGUAAUCACACAAAAAAGAAUAAGAAUUGUAGGAAUAAAUUAAAAAUUUACAAUCACAACUUGAACAAUUGUAAUAAUCAAGUAAUAUGAAAGAAUAGUAAUCUUAAAAAUAAGAAUUAGAAAGUUAAUAAGAGAUUUAAUCUUUGAAAUCAAAAUUAGAAGAAUUAUAAUAAUCAAGUAACAUGAAAGAAUAUUAAUCUCAAAAAUAAGAAUAUGAAAGUUAAUAAGAGAUUAAAAAUUUUAAAUCAAAAUUAGAAGAAUUAUAAUAAUCAAGUUACGUAAAAGAAUAGUAAUCACAAAAAAAAGAAUAAGAAUUUUAGGAAAAAAUUGAAAAUUUACAAUCACAACUUGAGCAAUUAUAAUAAUCGAUUAACAUGAAAGAAUAAUAAUCACAAAAAAAAGAAUAAGAAUUGUAGGAAUAAAUUAAAAAUUUACAAUCACAACUUGAACAAUUGUAAUAAUCAAGUAAUAUGAAAGAAUAGUAAUCUUAAAAAUAAGAAUUAGAAAGUUAAUAAGAGAUUUAAAAUUUGAAGUCAAAAUUAGAAGAAUUAUAAUAAUCAAGUAAUAUGAAAGAAUUGUAAUCACAAAAAAACGAAUAUGAAAGUUAAUAAGAGAUUUAAAAUUUGAAAUCAAAAUUAGAAGAAUAAUAAUAAUCAAGUUACGUAAAAGAAUAGUAAUCACACAAAAAAGAAUAAGAAUUAUAGGAAUAAAUUAAAAAUUUACAAUCACAAUUUGAACAAUUAUAAUAAUCAAGUAACAUGAAAGAAUAGUAAUCUUAAAAAUAAGAAUUAGAAAGUUAAUAAGAGAUUUAAUCUUUGAAAUCAAAAUUAGAAGAAUUAUAAUAAUCAAGUAACUUGAAAGAAUAGUAAUUACAAAAAAAAGAAUAAGAUGUAUAGGUAUAGAUUAUAAAUUUGCAAUAAAAUAUCAAAUUAUUAGAAUAAACAAGUAAAAAAUAGGAAGAUUAAUUUUAGUAAAAAGAAUUGGAAAGUUAAUAGGAAAUAAUUAAUUUAAAAUUGCAAUUAGAAUUAUUUGAGAGAUCCAAUGGAGAGAUAGAAAAGUAAUUAUUUGAAAGAGAUAAAUAAAACUAAUUAGAAAUUCAAAUUUUGAAAUCAUAAAUUGAAUAAUAAUCAUUAUAAAAUCGUACAUAAGAACAAUAAUCUUAAGAUGAAAAAUUAAAAUUAGAAUAUGAAUUAGUAAAUUAGAAAUCUUUAUAUGAAUAAUUAUAAUUAUAAAAUGAUUUAUCAUAAAUGGAAUUCGAAAAAUAAGAAUAACAAAGUUAAUAAGAGAUUAAAAAUUUGAAAUAAAAAUUAGAAGAAUUAUAUUAAUCGAGUAACAUGAAAGAAUAGUAAUCU